AUGGGGAUUUGGUCUUGGUUGGUUGCAGCCAUUUUUUUGCUUGCCGUCAAUGUGCAGUCCCGUAUCACUCAUUUGGAUGCGACCAACUUGGAUGUUGUCUUGAAAAGUGCCCAAGUAGUUUUCGUGGCUUUUUGUGCGGAUUGGUGUCCCUUUAGCCGGAGGUUAAAACCGAUCUUUGAAGAAGCCGCAGAAUCAUUUACUAGAGAAAACCCUGGCGCUAGUGUGGUCUGGGCUAUUGUUGAUAGUGUUCAGCAGGCUAGUCUUGCCAACAAAUAUUUCGUCAAUAAAUAUCCCACUAUGAAAGUUUUCAUCAAUGGCGAGUUAGUUAGCAAAGAGUAUAGGUCAUCGCGGUCUGUCGAAGCGUUGACUGCAUUUGUAAAACAACAACUUGCAUCAAGCAUUCAGGAAUUUAAAAAUAAAGAGGAACUUGAUAGUAUGAUUGAUAGGUCGAAGCGAAAUAUCAUAGCGUACUACGCCAACAAAAGUUCAGUAGAAUAUAAUAAUUUCCAGAAGGCAGCGGCUAUAUUGCGUGAAGAUUGCGCAUUUUGGAGUGGCACGGAUCAAGCUCUUUCUGCCAUCAACGGGAACAUGUUAACUUUUAUUGAUCCUGAUACUGAAGAUGAGCAGAAAUUUAAUGGCGAUUUCACUGAUUAUACUUAUCUCAAACAGUGGCUUACUGACAAAUGUAUUCCUCUCGUUCGCGAAGUAACUUUUGAAAACGUUGAGGAAUUAACAGAGGAGGGACUACCAUUCUUACUGUUUUUCAGAGAUCCUGCAGACAAAGCUAGUGAUAAAUUAUUUACUGAACUGAAGGCGUCAAUUAACGCCUUGCUUGCUGAUGGACAUAAAUUUGCUCAUCCUUUAAGGCACUUGGGUAAAACUGAAAGAGAUUUGCCUGUCUUGGCAAUAGACUCUUUUCAACAUAUGUUCUUGUUUCCUGAUAUGGCAGAGCUAGAAGUCCCAGGCAAGCUUAGAGAGUUUGUUUUGGACCUUCACUCAGGAAAGCUACACAAGAGGUUCCACGAAACACUUGAUCAGAAGAUGGCAGAAUUGCAGAAACUUGCAAUUGAGCAACCAGAAAUAUUUGCAGAAAAUCCGUCAAGUGCACCUGCAGUUGCAACUCCAGAAUCUACGCCUCCUCCUUCAGUAUUCAAAGACUUGAGACCGUCAGAAACACGUUACUCUUUACUUUCAAAAACAGAGUUGUAA